ACCCUUGGCAGCCUUGGGCUUGAGGGAGGAUUCUCUCUCCUCCCAGAUGGGGGUGUUGAAAACAGCGGGGAGUCCCUGGUAAGGGUCCCUGGUAAAUGGGGGAGUCGCAGCUUUUCUCUUGCUGAUGAAGUCGCCCACGCACCAUCCGGGGAGUCCUGUGGGGAGGGAGCAAAGAUUUUUUUUUACUUAUCCUUCCCUUGCAUCUUAGUACGUGGGCGCUGGCAGUGAGAUGGCUCGGGGAAGGGGGUAAGGAGGUAUCAGGUGAGCGAGGGUUGCGGGGGUUCUUUUUCCAUUUACACGACUCCAGAGAUCGGCACGUCUUUCUCACUCGCUCCUAAACAUCCUCUUCUGGUCUGCGGCAGCCCCUUGGCCAUGAAAUCCCGCAGGUUGCCGGCUUACGCUCUCUUCUGCCUUCUACUGAUCAAGGGGUUAGGAGCAGUGCCCCCAGGGCGCCCUGAGGCACAGCCUCCUCCUCUCAGCUCUGAGCAUAAAGAGCCAGAGGUAGCUGGGGACGCAGCGCCCGGGCCAAAGGAUGACAGCGCCCCAGAAGUCCGAGCUGCUCGAAAUUCCGAGCUGCAGGACGAGGGCGAGCUUUUCCAGGGCGUGGAUCCCCGGGCGCUGGCCGCGGUACUGCUGCAGGCACUGGACCGCCCGGCCUCGCCCCCGGCUCCGGUCGGCUCUCCGCAGGGGCCAGCGGAAGACGCAGGAGAAGCUCUGAUGACCGAGACCGUGCGCAGCCAGACCCACAGCCUCCUGGCACCAGAGACCCAGGCGCCCGCCGCCCCGCCUCACCCUCAGACUCAGGAGAACAGUCCCGAGGCGGGAGACCCUAACGAGGAGCUCGAGGCGCUAGCGUCCCUGCUCCAGGAACUUCGAGAUUUCAGUCCGAGCAGCGCCAAGCGCCAGCAAGAGACGGCAGCAGCAGAGACCGAAACUCGCACGCACACACUGACCCGCGUCAAUCUGGAGAGCCCCGGGCCGGAGCGCGUGUGGCGCGCCUCCUGGGGAGAGUUCCAGGCGCGCGUCCCGGAGCGCGCACCUCUACCGCCCUCGGCCCCCUCGCAAUUCCAAGCGCGUGUGUCUGAGAGCGGGCCCCUUCCCGAAACCCGCCAGUUUGGGGAAGGAGUGUCCUCCCCGAAAACACACCUGGGGGAGGCUCUGGCACCCUUAUCCAAGGCGUACCCAGGCCUGAGUGCCCCCUUCCCCAAGGCGCACCGGCCGGAGAGCGCACUGCUGGGCGGCUCUGAGGCGGGCGAGCGCUUACUCCAGCAAGGGCUAGCGCAGGUGGAGGCCGGGCGGCGGCAGGCGGAGGCCACGCGGCAGGCGGCCGCGCAGGAGGAGCGGUUGGCCGACCUCGCCUCCGACCUGCUGCUCCAGUAUUUGCUGCAGGGCGGAGCCCGGCAGCGCAGUCUGGGGGGUCGUGGGCUACAGGAGACGCAGGAGGAGCGAGGGAGCGAGCGGGAGGAGGAGGCGGAGCAGGAGAGACGCGGCGGGGAGGAGAGGUUGGGGGACGAGGACGAGGAUGAGGACGCGGCGGAGGCGGAGGCGGAGGCGGAGGAGGCAGAGAGGGCGCGGCAGAACGCGCUGCUGUUUGCGGAGGAGGAGGAGGACGGGGAAGCCGGAGCCGAAGACAAGCGCUCCCAGGAGGAGACGCCAGGCCACCGACGGAAGGAGGCCGAGGGCACAGAGGAGGGCGGGGAGGAGGAUGACGACGAAGAGAUGGACCCGCAGACCAUUGACAGCCUCAUCGAGCUGUCUACCAAACUCCACCUGCCCGCGGACGAUGUGGUCAGCAUCAUCGAGGAGGUGGAGGAGAAGCGGAAGCGGAAGAAGAACGCCCCUCCUGAGCCCGUGCCACCC